AUGCCGGUUGCGGGCCCCCCGGACACCCAGCAACCUCAAGGCACGGCGCCGGGCGGCCCCCGCCCGUCCGGACACAGUCCGAGCUCGCCCACCGGGGCUGCGCCCGCUGCUCAAUACACCCCCACUAUCGGUGGACCGGAUGGCUCGCAGCCGUCCCAAGGCGCCACGGGCUCGCCCGUAACCAGCAGCCUCGUCGAUUCCCAGCCCAACGACUCCGACAAGUUCAUCGCCGUGAUGGGCGUCACCGGUGUCGGGAAGAGCACCUUCAUCUCCCACAUCACCCAAUGCCAUGUCGAAAUUGGAAGCUCGAUGAGAUCCUGCACACACCGGGUUGGGGUCUAUCCGGUUCAGUGGACAGACGGGACCCGCAUCUUCCUGGUGGACACGCCCGGGUUCGAUGAUACGGACAUGCCCGACUUGGACGUCCUCAAGGAAGUCGCCGGAUGGCUGACAAAGUCCUACGAGGAUAAAAUCAUGUUGAGCGGCAUCAUCUACUUCCACCGCAUCAUCGACCCCAAAAUGCAAGGAUCGUCGAAGCGCAACCUCAGCAUGUUCAAGACGCUCUGCGGCCCGGACGCCCUCAAAAUGGUCAUCCUCGCCACCACUAUGUGGGAGCAGGUCAACCAGGAGGUCGGCAAUGUGCGGGAGGAGGAGCUCAGAACGACUGAAGAGUACUGGGGUUUUAUGGUGCAGCGCGGGUCCCGCAUUUUCCGCCACACGAAUAACCCAGACUCGGCCCUGCGGCUCGUCAGGCACUUCAUGGGGGAGCACCGCCCGGAGACGCUCGCUAUCCAGUCCGAGAUGGUCGACAACGGCAGGAGCCUGGACCAGACGUCGGCCGGCCAGGAGCUAGACAGCGUGCUCGCCAAAGAGAGGGAGAAGUUCCGCCGCGAUCUCGAGGACAAGGAUUCAGAGGAGAUGCUGAGGCAGUAUCAGGAGGAAAUGAACAAGAAGAUCAAAGCCCUGGAAGAGGAGCGGCAGAACAUCAAGAUCACGAUGGAGAAGCUUCACGAGGAGAAUGCGGCCAAACUGCAGAAGAGGCUCGACGAGGAAAAGGAGCAAGCCGCAAAGAUGAAGGAGGCCGUCGAGAUGCUCACCAAGAAGAUGAAGGCCCUGCCCACCAAGGUUGUGCGGACUAGGUCGGUCCCCGGAAAGAACAGAAUCAGCGAGUACGCUAGCCUUGCACUGCGGGGGAGCAGUUACGCCUUCAUCGGGCCGGCUCAAGAUUUUACGUGCUACGCCUUCAUCGCGCCAGGUCAAGAUUCUCCCUUCGGCUCCAAGAAUUUGACAUUUUAUUAA